GAAUAUCUCAACUUCACGGCACGUUUACAUUUUUGACACUUUUCUGGGCUUAUUAAGUGUGGGAGCGCUCCCAGGACAGGAGAGUUUUCUGGUUGGUAACUUUACUUUACUUUUUUCUUUCCCCGUCUGGAUUUUUUUGGAGGGCACAUGCGAUGUCACGGACUAUCAAAAGAAGAAGGAGAUGUUUGUGAAUAGUUUUGUGGUUUCCGUACAAAGGUGUUUGUUGGGUUUAUUUUUUUAAACCAGUUGAGCAACUGGCGACAGGACUCUAUAAUCAAUGUGGUGUCAGCUGGAAGGACGCGGGGUCCGGAUCUCACCUAAACGCUGAUACGUCUUGGGAGUGAUGCACUGGCUUCCCCUGGUUGCCAUGGUGAUUGCCUCGGCCCUGCCCUUCCCUCACAACCCCGUGUCCAGGAUCGCCGCCGCCACGACAGAGCCUGGCUUUGAUAACCGCAGAGAGCACCGUCAUGAGCCGGCUGCUCGCCUCGCAGUGCCCCCCAUGGACUACAACCUCCGUGGGAAUGCCUCACAAACGGACUACAACAUGGCUGCUGCUCGUAGCCAACACGCCACCGCACAAAACCUCCAGAACAGUAGGGAUUAUGUGAAAUCCUCCGCAGAUGAAGAGACCUCCGCGUUCAAAGUGGAGAAUCAAGGAACCUACCGAUCGAACCGCAACUCAGGCAGCAGCGUGGACGCUCCAGCAGGAGCAGGGACACUCAGGACCGAGGAUAUUUCCCAGGAUAAUUCUCUACCAAAGGACUACAAAGCUGACAGCAGCAGAAGGCGAGACUACUCCAGUUUAGCGGACUUUUCCAAGAAGGACAAUGUUCAGGACUCAACAGAAAGACUGUCGCCGGUUUCUACAGCGGAAACCCAGAAUGCCGUCAGUCCUGCUGCGGAUCCACAGAGUCAGAGAGGACCAGAACCAACCGUCCCCUCGGAGAAGCUGAGAGAAGCAGCGAAACUCAAGACAGGAAGCACACGGACGCCCACGAGGGGUCUAACCCAGGAGAGCUUAAACAUGGAGGCAGGGCCGGGUCUGGGGACCGGGCAGGAUGGCGUCUUAGACGGAGACGAGAUGUUUCUGGACGCGCACCCACGAGUCCUGUUCUCUCCGUCCCCGUCGCCUCCGGAGCACCCGCCUCUCCUGCUCAUGCUGGAGAGCGGCCUGCUGGAGGAGGACAGGGACAGGGAGGAGCAGGAGGACAUGGACGGACACGUGGAGGGUCACGGGGACCGGGCGAUCGACAGGAGCACGACUCUGAGCUGGGCGGACUCUUACCGCGUCACUGAGGUCGCCCGUCCCAUCAAAAGAGACAAACGCUCGCACCUGAACGACAGGCGGCGAGGGGAGAAGUCAGUGUGCGAGUCAGAAAGCGUCUGGGUCACCGACAAGAAGACGGCCAUCGACUCCCACGGGCAGAAGGUCACCAUCCUGCAGGAGAUCCAGACCCAGACAGGACCACUCAAACAGUACUUCUACGAGACUCGCUGUCGCGCGGCGGAGCAGCUCAGCAGCGCGGGCAGGUUGAGAAACCCGCUGAAACCCAUCGGGACGGGCGUGGCCGGGGCCGGCUGCCUGGGCGUGGACAAAAAACAGUGGCUGAGCGAGUGCAAAGCCAAGCAGUCAUACGUCCGGGCGCUCACCAAAGACGCUAACAACAGAACCGGAUGGAGGUGGAUCCGCAUCGACUCGUCCUGCGUCUGCGUGCUGCUGUCCAGAGCCAAUCAGGUGACGGGGAGGGAGGUCUUGACGAGGGGGAGAGGCUGAGAGGGGAGAGGGAGUCGGUAGAGAAAGGAGUGACACAGAGCAGAGCAGCUGGAACAUCCUUCUGUGUGCACUUGAUGGAUAUUUUCUCUCUUCCGUCCCGCCGCCACGACUACAAAAGACUUUUGAAAAAAACAAGACGACCUCACUACUAGAUCUUAGGGAAAAAAAUGUCAUAUAUAGAGAUUUUACUUUAAAAGUACUGUUUUUGUAUGAUUUAUCUUUCAUAAUCUAAGUUAUUUUUGAUUAGUAUGUAAGCAUGUGUAUGUCUUUGAUAUUAAUAUAUUACUUUAUAUAUAUGUCUACAACAUGACACCAGUAUACCUUUAUGUAUGAAGCUAUGUAUAUCUGUGUGUAUUUAUAGAAGAAGAGUGGUAGGUCUCUCCAGUGUCUGAUGAUAAUUCCAGCCUUUGGGCCGCUCCGGGUUGUGAGAGGAAGGAGCGCCACCUACUGAGGCUCUGUCUCACUGCUCCACACUGCUCCCACCAUGAGUGUGGCAGUGUUUUUAGUAUUGGAUACAGAAACUACGGCGUGGGCACACUGCAGCGGGGCUUCACUUGGGCUGCUGAUGUGGCAGAAACAUCUCUGUGUGUGGAACUUGUUCAGUGUGGCUCAUGACUGUAAAAAACCAUGUGGUUUGUAAAUUCCACGACACCUAAACAAGCUAACAACCUAAUUUAACCAUCUGCUGGUUUGUUCGGUUUGCCUGCCAAAAAAUGUGGUAAUAAAGGAUCUUUGUACUCAGCAAAUUAUUUUCACACAAUGAUGUAAAAAAAGAAAAAACACUGGUUUAUUUUGGAAAGGAAAAGAUAUCAUGAGUGGAACAUUUCUAGGUCUGUCCUCCACUAAAGACAUUAUUAGAAGACUUACACACAAAACGAUUAGUUGAUUUAAUCACGUAGAAUCAUGCAAAUGCACCACUUAAAUAUUUUGUUUACCAGAUAUGUCAUUCAGCAUGAAAAGGGCAUGAAAAUGACUAACAGACUUAAGAAAUCUUAGUCGACUCAGCAAAAUUACCAAUUAGUCAACUAAUGGAGGAAGCAGACCUAUAAAUUUCAGGUAUUUUACUGCUGUAAUGCUGAUUAGAGCCUGUUUCCUUCAACAACAGCUUCAUAAAACACAGUCAAUAGUAGAAGAAAUAUUAAGAUCUGCUUCUUUGGUCGUUCCUGUUCUACAGCAACAUUUCUGUCCCUAUCAAUUACUUCCUCAUAUCUUCUUUAAAAUGUCUCAUAUACUGAUAAAACUGUCUUAAAUUAAAGAUUAAGGUCUUCUUUAUCAUAUGAACAAAAAAAUAAUGCACAUUAAAAUAUUACUCACUGUAUUCAUCAACACCACAUACAAUUAUGUCGUCUGAACUGAUAAUAAACACAUGGGUAACUUCAAUUUCUCAGAAAAUCUGAUUCAUGCAUAUUUUUUAACAGUUUCCUUUCUAAUUUCCUAAUUUUAAUCAAUUCUUGAUUCAACAAGAAAGUGCUUUUCAUGUCAAGU